GGAUUACAACUAGGUAUUGUAUGUAUCGUGGUCGUCCGGCCAGAGUGGAGAAGCUGGAGAAGCUGCGCGUGCGUGCGUGCAUGCGUGCGGCACAUGCACCAUACCUUACCUACUAUAUACGAGAUCCCAGCCUUUCACAAAGCGGCUUUCAUUGACCUUCACCAAUGCUCGAGCGGUCGCAGGAGCAGGAGCAGGAGCAGUCAUGGCCGGCCAGGAGGAUGUGUAUUGCACGCUGGUGCUGAACGAUGAGUAUUUACCCGGCGCGGCGGUGCUCGCACAUUCUCUCAGAGACUGCGGCACGACGAAGAAGCUGGCCUGUCUCAUACUCGCAGAGUCGCUACAGGCCAGCACGAUUGAAGAACUCCAGUCUCUUUACAACUAUGUCAUACCAAUCGAGCGCAUUGGCAAUCCCCGUCCGGGCAACCUCUAUCUCAUGAACCGACCCGACCUGCUGUACACCUUUACGAAGAUCCAUCUAUGGCGACAGGUGCAGUUCCGCAAAAUUGUGUACAUCGAUGCGGACGUGGUUGCUCUGCGUGCGCCAGAAGAGCUCUUUGACAUCACGGAGACAUUCGCUGCGGCACCAGACGUGGGAUGGCCAGAUGCGUUCAACACGGGCGUCAUGGUUCUGACGCCAGACAUGGGUGAAUACUAUGCUCUGCGAGGGCUGGCAAAUGCUGGAGAUAGCUUUGAUGGUGCAGACCAAGGUCUGCUCAACCAGUACUACGAGCAUCGUCCGUGGAAGAGACUGAGCUUCAAGUACAACACCACACCCAGUGCCAACUAUCAAUACGAGCCGGCAUAUCGAUACUGGAAGAAUGGUAUCAGCAUGGUGCAUUUUAUCGGCAAGGAGAAACCCUGGCAGCGCGAUAGAGAGGCGCAUGGCGCGCCUGGUGCCUUUCAAGAAAUGCUCAGCAGAUGGUGGGCGGUGUACGAUCGACAUUUCCAGGUCUCGACCAGGCAGUACAUCGGCGGGCAGCGACAUCCGAUCACGGAACUCGUGCAGGACUACAAGCCAGCAGCGCAGACGUACUAUGCUACGGGCUAUCCAGUACAUCCAAUUGAUGUUCAGCAGCAGUCACACCAUCCUGCAGAGGAACAUCAGCCGACACGCGCAGCGACCCCGCCGAUGACAGAGCCAGGAGAGCCCUCCGAGAAUCUUGAUCAGGGUAACGUGCAACCCACUCCUACUGCCGAGCAACGCAUUUUUUCUGCUCCAUAUAUGGAGUGGGAUGCUACUCGAGGGGCCCCGCCUCUCGAAACUGCACCAGAAGCUGCCAACUUUCCCGUGCAAGUUUACCAGUUCAGCUCGGACAAGACUCCCUUUCGUCCACCACAGACAUACCCGGAGCCGCCAAAGGACAUGUACUACCAAGUACCCCCGCCACCUAAACAGGAAGCAGAAAAGAAGCCCAAACCAAUCUUUCCAUGGGAGGAGCGCCAAACGAAACCGACACGGAAGUUCAUUGACGACGAGCCAACUACUCCGCACAAGCCUGCAGACUCCGAGGCUGCCUAUGCUGAUGAGCUGGAAGUCACAUCUGAUUCGAAGUUGGAACCACCGACUCCCACGAUUAAGCUCAACGAUACCGAUCCCUGGACCGCUUUUGCUCAGAAUAGGAAUGCCUGGGACGACGUCAAUGGAAUCAACGACUACGUUCGCGCAUUGACCUCAUUUCAAAAGAAUCGCGGCAAUGUGCAGGUAGUGCAACAGAAGGUGUCGUCAACUGGACAUUCUGCGUCGGAGAAUCUCGCUGAGAAAAAGGAUCCCGAGGAUUUGGUGCAACAAGUGGAGGAUGCUCGUGAACGUCGAGAAUCUCUGAUAUUGACGGAUUUCCCAUCUGCAAUCGAACGCCCGUCUCUUCCCGUUACACCUGCCCCCCAGCGGCGAUCGUAUUGGGGCGACGAGCGCGACAGUACGAGCGAUUUGCCUGCUGCCGAAGGUGUGCCGAACCAAGCCGACUGGGACCCGUCCGCGCAACUCGAACAGCUUCGACGCAGCUCGCUCAUCGGACCGGGUGACCUCAGACUCCCAGACAAGAAACUUACGAACCGGAAGAUGCCACCGACCGCGGUAUCGAUUCCAGAACACGAUCCAGGAUAUCACACGUCAAUGAAGAGUGGUGUCCAAGAGGCGAACGUCACAGGUGCCACGGAAAAUGCACACCCUACGUUGCAGAGCAAGGGAGGUAGCAGUCACUGCCUCGAUGGAAACCGGGACAGUUCGAGCUCUUUCACAAACACAGCGAAUAGCACCACACAUUCUGGUACCACCACGACCUCAACGCUCGCGAGUACAAGUCAGAGCUCUGACAAUGAUGAAUCCAUCGUAUCGACUGCAUCCAGCUCUGCAGCGAUGCCAGGGGAAUUUCCACUCGAGCAGCAUGGCGGGUCACCGUUGUUCUCAGAGCCGGGUUUCGAUAAGCCUCCGACUGUGGACGAAGCGCAGACCAAGAAAGACUUCCAACACGAGGAACUCUUGAGUCCGACACAGCAGCAGACGACAUUUUAGCAGCGUUUCUACUGCUUCUUCGUCAGUUGAACGGUGGUACUGCGGCAUAGCGCGUGGGUGCACUGGUGGAGUACCUAAUGAUGAAUAAUAUCGAGCGCACACUAUCGACGGCGUUUUUCAAGCUGCUUUGGUGCAGUAGGCGGGCGUUCUCGGCGUGCAUCAGCAUAGCAUUUAGACAUAUCUGUGUACGACUACCUCAUAUAUACAUAUGCGAAGUACAAUCUGCAUGA